AUGGACGCAACAGGGAAGAUUCCAAGUGGAAUAUUGAGGGGAUCAUUAAGUGCGCUGGGAGACUUUGACCAGUGCUUAAACAUCAACGUCAACACUUCAAACCUAUCUUUUCGUGGAAAGUACUGUUCGAUUGAAUUUAAACCUCUGAUGCCACCACGUCCUCGAAUCUUCCAGAAAAUAUUGCCAUUAUUUGAUAAUUUCACAUCUUCUGACAAGGGAUUGGACAAAAUAAUGGAAACACCUAAACUUUUUAAUUCGAAAUUUGUUCUGUUUUUGUCUUUAAGUUUACCUUAUGUUUUUCUUUCAGUGGCCUCGCGAAUACACGUCGAGGCUUCUGUAAUAAACUGUAAUGUCAAAGAAACACCAAUGUUGGAAAAGGAUCAGAUUGCUGUUAUAAUAUUUCUGCUAGUCGUAGGAAUGAUAACUGUUAUUGCUACAAUAACAGACGUUUGCACUUCUCUACCAAAUAACGGGAAACAAUUAGAGAAACUUCGUAGAAACGAAGUAUUCAGAGCAAGGAUGCUAGUGAGCUCAGUUCUAGCCCAACCUCUUAAACACGGCACAGUUGUGAUGGAUACUUUUUUCGCUCUGAGAUCAUCCAAGAAGGGGCUGUUAACUAUUUUAGUGUUAGUUCUUGUGUCUUCAGCAGUUACUGGUGUUGUCAUUGAAUACUUCAAGUUACCAGCUGCCAGAUACUUUACUGAUAUUGACUCAAGGGAUCUGUGGAAACUUAUAAACUUCGUGUACGUUCAGCCUUAUCCACAUCUGGGAUCCUAUUUUGUCGGAGCUGCAACCGGAUACUUGGUAGUGAAGCAACCUGUAAUUAAGUUGUCCAAGGUUCAACAAUUAUUUGGCUGGCUGUUUUUCGUACUGAUAAUUGUUGGCGUAUUAUAUGGAACUUUGUCGUGGACUAAAGGUGAAGAAACAGGACGUGUUGCUGUGGUUCUCUAUGCUGUAUCCUACUCGACUUUGUGGGCUAUAGCUAUAGCUUGGUUGAUAGUGGCUUGUUUGUACGGAUAUGGAGGAAUGAUAAACACGUUUUUAUCAUCGUCAUAUUUUAUCAAACUGGACAGAUUAUCAUAUGCAGUCUAUUUAAUUCAUGUCCCUGUUCAUAUGAUUUAUUUCUAUCAGAAGAUACACACAACUUCCUUUCAAGGGCUAGAGUUGGUUUACAUGUUUUUCGGAACUGUGAUGAUGAUCUACCCUUUGGCGUUCCUGUUUACUGUCUUGUUCGAGUCACCGUACAUUGCUCUUAUCAAAACUAUGAUCAUCAUACCGGAAGGAGGCAGUUCGUCAGAUCCCUGCGUUAUCCAAAACUGUAAAGAAGAGAAGACGCUGCCUUUUAAAAAAGCAGACUGUAAUACCAACAAAUCGAUCUGAAGUUAACACUUAGAAAUAUUUUAGCUGUUAGCUAACAAGCAUGUGAUAAAAUCUAACAACAUGUGGACUGUAAUGUCAGUUAACAAUAGUUUGUUAGUUGUAGUUCUGUUUUAUUGUCUGUCAUUAAAUGUAAACAUAUGUAUAUCAGGGGUCGCUUUCGAUUCACGUGCAGAGGCAACAUCCAAAGGAUGUAACGAGAUGAAUAUUUUUUUGUAUUUUACUUAGGAAGAAACUUUCGUGAAUUGACAAUACUUUUACUAAAUGAUAGAUUUGAAUUUGUGGAAAGUUUAUACAAACGAAAACAUAUUUUUGAUAUAAGAGAAGUAGCAUUCUAAUUGUAUCAAAAAAUUAUUUCCCAUAUUAGAGAUAAGGACUAGUUUGGUAACAGAA